GACUCAACCAGCAGACUAGUUCGGGUAGUUAUUGAAAGUUUCACCUUUUGCUCAGACCGUCACAACGACUUUAAAUCUAUAUUUGAAAUGUCAGGAAGUCGUGUCAGGCGUUGAAGUUACUUGAAAGCGGAACUAAAAGCUGCUUCUGUCUGAACAGUAACACGGCUUUAGUGACAGUUAAAAUAGCGAGUGCAGUUGAACACAGUUUCAAAUCUUAAAACGUGACAUUUGGUAGACUUUUCAGUGUUUCCUACAGCUUAAUACGCAAUGUGAGCCAUUAUUCGCCUGCUGUUUUGAAUCCCUGUGUUCGACCUUUGCCCAACACUGAUAAAGUUAUUCAUGGUCUUGUUCCCAGUGCAGAUGCAGUUGUAGACGUCCACCAUGGCUCUCCCCGCGGUGUCUCUGAGAACCCUGCUGCUUCUGGGGCUUUGGCAGACUGGGAGGAGAAGCCUCGCCUCUGCACCAGAACUACUAGAACAGCCCAAGAAGAUCGCUGUGGUCGGGGCUGGCAUCGGCGGGACGGCGGCAGCCUUUUACCUGAGGCAAGAGUUCGGCCCCGCGGUCAAGAUCGAUGUGUUUGAGCCCGGAUCUGUGGGGGGGCGGCUGGCCACCGUGAAGAUUGGAGAUCACGAAUAUGAGACGGGAGGGGCGGUGAUCCAUCCCCUGAACCUCCACAUGAAGCACUUUGUGGAAAAACUAGGUAUUCCUCCGAGGAAAGAUACCCCGUCUAAAAUGGCGAUCUUUGAUGGGAAGGAGCUUGUGUACGAAGAGAGUGAUUGGUUCAUCAUUAACGUCUUGCGCCUGCUCUGGCGCUAUGGCUUCAAUUUCCUUCGAAUGCAGAUGUGGGUGGAGAGCAUUUUGGACAAAUUCAUGAGGAUCUACCAGUAUCAACAGUUUGGUUACUCAUUCUCCAGCGUGGAGAGGCUGUUGCACGCCAUGGGCGGCGAUAACUUCCUUACGCUGGUCAAUCAGACCUUGGAGGAGACCAUGAUAGCCCAGGGCUUUUCACAGGUCUUCAUCAACGAUAUCGUUGCUCCCAUCACUCGCGUCAACUACGGCCAGAGUGUGCGCAUCAAUGGCUUUGUGGGAGCAGUGUCGUUGGCCGGGGCGGACUCGGGCCUGUGGGCGGUGGAUGGAGGCAAUAAGCGGGUGUGUUCGGGACUGCUGUACCACAGCAAAAGCGAGCUCAUCAAUGCCAGGGUGACCUCCAUUUCCGUCAAGGCCCGGCCGUCAAAGAGAGGGAACACGGCCUCCUUCUACGAGGUGAACUACGUGGGAGAAUCGGGGGCGGGGCACGCCCUGUACGACAUCGUGGUCAUCGCCACGCCGCUGCAUCAGGGGAAGUCCGACAUCGCCUUCCCGGGCUUCUCCCCCCCGCUCCCGUCUCACUACCCGGGGCUCUACCACCAGACGGUGGCCACUCUGGUCCAGGGGAGGCUGAACGUGUCCUACCUGGGCAGCGCCGAGCCCGCCUCCCAGUUCAGCGUGUCCGACAUCCUGACCACCGACUCGAAGGGCUGCCUCAUCCACAGCCUGAGCUCCCUGGACCCCGUGCACAUCCCCGACGGCUACCGCCGGCCCGCCGCCAGCCACAGCAACGUCUGGAAGGUGUUUUCCCCAAAGCCCCUGACCCCGGAGCAGCUGAAGAGCAUGUUCCUGUCCCACCACGGCGUGUCCCAGACGCCCUGGCUGGCCUACCCGGCCUACCGCCCGCCGCACCGCCGCACGCCGCCCUUCAUCCUGCACAACCGCCUCUACUACCUGAACGCCGUGGAGUGGGCGGCCAGCGCCAUGGAGAUGAGCGCCAUCUCGGCCCGGAACGUGGCCCUGCUGGCCCACCACCGCUGGCACGAGCAGGCGGGGAAGAUCGACCAGGAGGACCUGCACACCCGACUGAGAGGAGAGCUCUGAGCAGGCCGGGAGCGUCCAGACUUUCAAAUCAGGGACGAUAAAAAAAAAAAAAAAACGAAAGCAAUCAAAGCAAACGGCUUCCACCGGUCAGCCAUCGGCCUCUUUCAGGUCACAGCGGCUGAUCCGGAGAGGGACCAACUAAAAGCAACAACUAGCCACAGCAAACCUAAGAAUCAUCUCCAGCGGCAACGGCGCAUCCCAGCGUGAACAAAGUUGUCUUUGCUGAAGAGAAAACUCUGAGCCAAUCUGCACUGAGGGGCAGACGCACACUUCUGCCUCUGUUUUAAAAAACACUAAUAGUGUUUAAUAGUGGGUGCCGUACCUGUGAUGAACACGCACACAUAGUCAACCUGUUUUAGGCCCAUUUUUCUUUUCCUAAUUAUUUGUAUGUCUUCCAACAACUCCUGAGUCUCUACCUCCUCAGCAGACUACUGUUUUUAGGAAGUGAUUUUGUGUUUUUUUUAAACAUUUUUUUAUUCAUAGUCUGAGACUGGUUUUAAAAUUCUAUCAUUUUUGGAUUUUAACACAGCAAACACUAAUCAAACUAAAACAGACUAAUCUUAUUACAGAAGAGCCAACCAUGCAUGGAUAUGAUUGUGCCUUAAACAAAUCAGGGUCGGAUUCAGAUCAGGGUUUAAAAAUCCUUUGGGUCCUCCUUAUGCCCUCAAACCACCAGGACCUGUUCAGAUCUGUUCAGAUAAAGUACAGCCCUUAUCCCCACUAUGGUUUACACUUUGUUAAAUGUUUAUUGAUUCAAUGAACUUACUGAAUUUACUUAAGUUAAUUGAUAAAAACAGAUAACCAUGAAGACAUGUCGAUAUAGUAAAUGCAGUACACGGUUUAGGAUUAUUUUUUCCUGAGAAAAGCAGGAUAUGGAGCGUAUCUCCCUCUGAAAUCCUCAUGGACCUCUCAGUGUUGACGGCCUCUGUCCAGAUGUGCAAACUGCUUUUUAAAAAAUGUUUUUAUGUAGCACUGGUAAUGAACAGGGCGGGCCCUCCUCUCUUUAAUCUAGCAAAUGCUAAAUUAAUCUUAAAGUGUGAUUUCUGCUUAAUACUGUGCUGUUUGCGGGACACUUUCUUCUUCUUUUUUAUCCCUUUGUGUUACGUGGCACGGCAGAAUAAUCGGUUUUUGUAAGAUGUCUCCCUGUCUGCGUCCGUUUUCUCUUUGUGAGUAGAAUUUCCUAUUUCUCUGGCAUUUCAGCAUCCCAACCUUUGGAACCGGGAUCGACUUUUGCACCCCUGAUUUGUCAGAGCUGAUGUGGUUCAGAUACUGUAAUUGUACUGUACUUUGAGGUUCCUUUUUUGUAUAUUUGGGGAAAAUUUUAGCAGUACAUUUUCUAGAUUUUUAACGGAAGUAGCAAGACUAAUAUUUGUGCACCUUAACUCUUUACGAUUUACAUGUUGGAUUUCAGAUUUCUCUUGGUUUUAAACAUUACUGAAACUUCCAAGACCCCCCUGUUUUAAACAAUCACAAUAAAGCGA